AACGGGGGAACGGAGGAGAAGGGGCGCGGGAAGUGAGAACUAGAGCCGGGCGGCGAGGGCCGGGGCCCCGCUGGCCCCUCUCGCCCCCUCGGCGCCCCCUAGGGGCCAGAGAAGCCGAGGGCAGGAGGGCACGGAGGCGGCGCCGAGAUCCCACCGACAGGGGAUAAGAGGCUCACAGGUGGGGUGGAGGCUCAGUGCCGAACAGCAUCCUUCCCUGCAGGAGCCGGAACGGGAACUCCCUGGGACCCAAGCCAUCCUUCCUCGCCCUCCUCCCACACGCCGGCCCGGAGCCCCUGAGCCACCGGUCCCCCAGCCCGGGGCCCCCGCCAUGCCCGACUUCAUGGUCUCGGCGCUGCUGGCGCCAUCUCGCCUGACACUGAAGCUUCUCCGAGUCCUCACGUGGACUCUGGUGUACUGGGCGGCCUGCCUGACCGCCACGGUCUACGGCCUCGUAGCCCUGGGCCACGUGCUGCGGCACCCCCAGCGGGGCUGCUGUGGGCGACCGCACCGGACGCCCCCGGCCUGCCUCUCCGACAGCUCCUGCGGGGAGCACCGCUACCUUUCCCUGAAGAGCUCUGGACUGCGUCUGCACUAUGUCUCGGCUGGCGAGGGCAAUGGGCCGUUGAUGCUCUUCCUUCACGGCUUCCCCGAGAAUUGGUUCUCCUGGCGCCACCAGCUGCGGGAAUUCCAAAGUCAUUUCCAUGUAGUGGCGCUGGAUCUAAGGGGUUAUGGGAGCUCGGAUGCCCCUUCCAACCUAGACUGCUACACUCUAGAGGCCCUGACGAUCGAUAUCAAGGACACCGUUGAGGCGCUAGGUUACUCUAAGUGCAUCCUAGUAGCUCACGACUGGGGUGGAAUCCUGGCAUGGAAUUUCUCCAUCUAUUACCCGGCGCUGCUGGACCGGCUGGUGGUGGUGAGCGCUGCCCCCAUGUCUGUGUACCAAGACUAUGCCCUGCACCACUGGAGUCAGCUGUUUCACUCCAGCUACAUGUUCCUGUUCCAGCUGCCCUGGCUUCCUGAGAAGCUGCUCUCCAUCUCCGACUUCCAGAUCCUGAAGACCACCGUGGCACACCCCAAGACAGGGAUCCCAAACCUGACCCCCGAGGAGAUGGAGGCUUUCAUCUACGGCUUUUCCCAGCGCCGGGCCCUCAUUGGCCCCCUCAACUACUACCGCAAUCUCUUCAGGCAAUUCCCUCUGGAACCCCAGGAGCUGCUGACACCAACACUGCUGCUAUGGGGAGACAAAGACCCCUAUCUGGAGGCUGGGCUGGUCUCUAGCAUCAGCAGCCGUUUCAUCCCUGGCCGGCUGCAGGCACACGUACUGCCUGGUGAGGGACACUGGAUCCCACAGUCUUGUCCUGAGCUGAUGAACCAGUACAUGUGGGCUUUUCUGCAGGAGCCCAAGGACUGAAGGCAUUUGUUUGUUCCCUGGCCUCCCCUCACCCCUGCCUGCCCUUCUUCCUCCUCCUCUUCCUCCUCCUCUGCCUCCCUCCGGCUAAACGGUCCAAGGGCAUGGGGAGAAGGGGUCCCAGCCCACCCUUCUCUUCCUGGGAAGGACCCCACCCCCUUGGGCAAGAUGCCAAACGUUGGAACUCGGUUAGCUCAUCUGCCCAGCUCAGCCAGAACCCGGUGCCCUUCUCUCCCACUGCAUCUCUUAAGCCCCUCCACCGUACCUGGACCAUUUCCCCUAGCCUGUGGAGAGAUUCCCUCCCCACCCCGUUGUGAGAGGGCAAACUGAGGCACCAAGUUUGGCUGAAAGAAAGGAAUCGAAUCGGGGCUAUUCUAUGAAAAGCAAGACAGUAUUAGGCCUUUGCCAAGACCCCAGAUUGCCUGCCUCCUUAGCGCUCCCCCCCCCCACCUCCCUGUUCUAGCUCUAAUGUUCCUUUCCUCCUCUCCCUCCCCCCUAUCUCCCUGGGCUGAUCCCUUCAGGGGCACCAGUAACUGGCCCCACCCACCCCCUGGCUGGCAGGACGCAGUCUGCCCACGUUGCGCUGUGGGCCUUGGCUUGGACCCUUUCCCCUCCCGGGAUACCAACCCUCUACCCUACUGCCCUUCCCCAAUCCUCCAGUCCAUCCCCUGCUGGCGGCGCCCAGCCCAGUCCCCCAAAAUGCAACAAACCAGCGAGGACUCUGCCACCUCCCACACCAUGAGCACCUGAUGAUUUGGGCCGCCUCCCCUUGCAGAAGAAAUAAAGCCCCUUCUCCUCUUGA